AUGAUUAAUAUAUUAGAGUUCUUUUCAUUAGAUACUCUAGAUACUAGACUAACAAAUAAUAAUAAUAAGAAUCAAUUGAAACUGCUGAGUACACCAAGAUGGAAUACCAUUGAAUUUAAAUUUUAUUACUUGAUUUUUAUCAUCGUUGUUCCAUUAAUGUUUAAAACUGCAAUGGAUGCUUCAAAUGAAACUAAUCCAAAUUAUCCUCGAUUUCAACAUUUGUUAUCUAAUGGUUGGUUAUUUGGUCGUAAAGUAGAUAAUUCAGAUUCUCAAUAUAGUUUUUUUAGAAAUAAUUUUAAAAUGUUAAUUAUACUACUUAUAUCACAUACUUCAAUUAGAAAAUUAACCACUAACAUAUUUACCAAAAGAACUUAUUUUGAUUUCAUAUUUGGUAUCAUAUUUUUAUUUGCUAUCCAUGGAGUUAAUUGUAUCAAAUUAUCAAUCCACUUAAUCAUAAAUUACGCAAUUGGUAGAAUUACAAAUUAUAAAAUUGCAAUAUGGUUAACUUGGAUUUAUGGCAUCCUGACUUUAUUUCUUAAUGAUUGGUAUGGUAAUUUCUCAUUGGGAUUUCUUGAUAAUUCAUUUAAAGGUAUUAUUAUACGAUGGGACGUAUUUUAUAAUUUUACAUUACUUCGUAUGAUUUCAUUUAAUUUAGAUUACAUUGAAAGAAAACGGAAUCUUGAAAAUAUGGAUAAAGUUGAAUCUUUGAUUGAUUUAUCCGAUAGAGAAAGAUUAAUUGCCCCAUUACCAAUUGAAGAAUAUUCAAUAUUUAAUUAUAUUUCAUACCUAUUUUACGUUCCUUUGUUUAUAGCUGGUCCUAUAAUUACAUUUAAUGAUUACAUAUAUCAAUCAAAUUAUCAACAAUGCAAAACAGUAACAAAUUACAAUAGAAUAUUUAUAUAUUUCCUUAGAUUUUUAUUUUGCAUUCUUACUAUGGAAUUCAUAUUACAUUACAUGUACGUCGUCGCAGUAUCAAAAACAAAAGCAUGGAAUAACGACACCCCAUUUCAAAUCUCAAUGUUAGGAAUGUUUAAUUUAAAUAUCAUCUGGUUGAAAUUAUUGAUACCCUGGAGGUUAUUUCGAUUAUGGAGUUUAAUCGACGGGAUAGAUCCACCGGAGAAUAUGAUACGAUGUAUGGAUAAUAAUUAUUCAGCUUUAGCAUUUUGGAGAGCUUGGCAUAGAUCUUUUAAUCGUUGGGUAAUUAGAUAUAUUUAUAUUCCAAUGGGUGGGAGUGGAACAGGUAAAACAAGAUUAUUAAAUAGUCUCUUGGUUUUUUCAUUCGUAGCUAUUUGGCACGAUAUUGAAUUGAAAUUAUUAAUGUGGGGUUGGUUAAUUGUAAUUUUCCUAAUUCCUGAAUUACUGGCAAAACUAUAUUUUAAAAAAUUUGAGAAAGAUUGGUGGUUUAGAUAUGUUUGUGGUUUGGGUGCAGUUAUUAAUAUUUGGAUGAUGAUGAUUGCUAAUUUGAUUGGAUUUUGUUUGGGAACAGAUGGGAUAUUGAUAUUAUUAAAUGAUUUAUUCAAAACUAUGCAAGGUUUUCAAUUUUUAAUUAUUAGUUCUGGAUGUCUAUUUGUUGCUUCUCAAGUUAUGUUUGAAUUGAGAGAGAAUGAAAGGAGGAAGGGGAUUGAUGUGAGAUGCUAG